AAAAUUAGCAAGUUACAUCCUUAUAUAUAUAAUAGCCUCAAUGCCUGUUCAAUGGCUGAAUCACUGAACAUAUUAGAAGCCAACGGAAGCAAACUUUAGUAGCUACUGAUGGAGGUGGAGGCAUCCAGCGCCAGCGAGAGCAACUGGUUGAACGUGGGAACCACGAUUCCCGUCAGGAACGUCCAGGCUCUGGCUUCGUCCGCUGCCGACGAGCUGACGGCCGAUAAAAUUGAACGGUACAUCCAGCCGGAUAUCGACGCGCACGCCGUUCUUGCCGAGCGCUCCGGCGACAUUCCGAUCCUUGACCUCGGCAAGCUCCUGAACGCCGAGACGGGGGAAGCGGAGGGCGCCAAGCUCAGGUUCGCCUGCGAGGAGUGGGGAUUCUUUCAGCUGGUAAAUCAUGGAGUGCCAGACGAGAUCAUCGCCGGUGUGAAGCGUGACACUGAAAAGUUCUUUCAGCUCCCCCUCGACGUCAAGAAUGCUUACGCCCAGCGUCCAGGGGAUCUUCAAGGUUAUGGCCAAGCGUUUGUUCAAUCCAAUGAUCAAAAGCUUGACUGGGGUGACCUGUUGGGCCUCCUCACCCAGCCGCCUCAGGCCCGUGACAUGAGUUACUGGCCUAGUCAACCUCAUACAUUCAGAAAUUCCAUUGAAGAAUACUCUUCUGAAUUGAUGAAAGUUGCUGAUUCCAUUGUCGCCUCAAUUGCAAAAACACUAGACUAUGAUCCUGAAUUGAUGGCAGACAAAAAUGUGGUUCAGACUUUCCGGAUGAGCUACUACCCCCAGUGCUCCUCAACGCCUGAAAAAGUUUUAGGGUUCUCUCCGCAUUCUGAUGGGUCUUUUCUAACUAUCCUGCUAGAAGUUAACUCAGUACAAGGCUUACAAAUUAAAUGGCAUGGUGCGUGGAUCCCAGUAAAACCACGUCGUGAUGCACUAUUGGUGAAUGUGGGUGACCUUCUUGAGAUUAUGACGAAUGGAAAGUACAAGAGCAUUGAGCACAGGGUUACUGUGAAUGCCUAUAAGGAACGGCUAUCCAUAUCAUCGUUUCACGUCCCAAAGUUAGAUGCAAUAAUUAUGCCAAUUGUGAGCAUUAUGGAAGAGAAGGUGUUAUACAAGAAAACAAACGUAGAAGAGUAUGCAAGACGUUAUAUGUCAAACAAACUAGAUGGCAAGAGGGCCCUCGAUCAUGCAAAAAUAUCCGGAAUAUAAAUAUUGUCCGCUCUACUUUGGUGUUCCAUCAAAACAUUCGUAAAAUAGUUUCUUUUGUUUGAUUCUAACAGGUAAAAUUUGCUUUUCUAUUCGUCAU